AUCGAUGUGCAUCCACUGUUGCCGCCUUCGCCGGACACCUUGUCCGCCGAUUCCGUACAGCUGCCCCCACUGCCCAGUGCGUACCAUUUCCAGCUGCUGUCCACUGGGAAGUCGUCCCAUUGCUGAGAAUGCCUUUAUGAAGGGCGGGGAUCUGGAGCAGCCUCCUGAUCCCUGUGGCAUCUUGCCACCCCGUUGGCUGGAGGUGAACCGUCGGGUCAUUUACGCCUUGGCGAAUCAUUUGGAUCGGUCCCCGGAAGCAGCACAUUAUAUGUUGUUACGCCUGCUAUAUGCCAACUAUCGAAAAGUGAUGGUGAUAUCCCGAAAACGAAGGAGUUUCAGAGUGCCAUUGAGUGGCUUUCCGGAUCAGGACCUGUUCUCCGCCAGCGGUCUUUUUGAUAGCAAUGGUUACCUCUACGAUCCCAUGGCGCCAGAAACACUAGGAAAGCUGCUCCGCAUGAUGCAGGACUAUAUCUUCCGGCUUAGAGCGCUCAAUCUUAAGUACAAGUGGUUUGAAAAUGGCGAUGAUCUCAGAGAUAUACUGCACCUGUUGGGGGAACAAGAUGAACUGGUAAAACUGUUGAGGGAACUCUUUGCGGACAGCGAUGUGGUCCCCAUUCCACAACUCUUAAGAGCUCUCAACGAACUGGAGUUUAAUAAUAUAUUAGGGAAAUGGAAGAAGAAAAUCAAACCUUGGCUGGUAAGAAGUAUAUCCGAUCUCUAUUCGGAAGUGACAGAACCCAAGAAAACAAUUAGAAUGUCACCACUCGGCAAAGGUAAUAGAUUUGGUCCCCCGCAAUCAGUUCAGGGAACUACGAUUCCAAUUAAUUUAAAUAAAAGCCCAAAGCGCAGUAUUAACAACAUUCCAAUAACCACUAUAAAAUCUAUUCCAACAAGGAGUCUAAAUUCCAUCCCAAAAACCAGUAUAAAAUGUAUGCCAACAACCAGUAUAAAAUCCAACCCGAAAACCAAUAUAAAACUGAUCCCAACAAACUGUAUAAAAUCCAUUCCAAGUCAGAAUCGCAUAAAAGUCAACACCCUUCAAAGCCAUCCUAGCUCCAUUCAAUUAAAGGCCACUUAUUUGCAAUCUAAGAAGCCAACGCUCCUCUUCGGUGCUUUUGAUGCCAAGAAGAGUUCCACCUGGGAGUCCCGCCACGCAGAUUCAAAUCGAAUGAUGCCGUACAAACGGCCUGCCAGGGGUGGGGAGCACCUUUAUAGAAAUGUGGACGAGCAUCGGGGACUGGGAAUUAUGCGCAGGGGAUCUGCGACCAACGAAAAGUCCUUCGGCAGUGCAAAGUUUGGAAAUGUGUGUACGAAAAAAGAAUUGAGUGGAUCAACCAGAACGCCUAGUACCAACAUUAAGUCUUUGUCGUCUAAACCAAGGAAAUGUUAGGAUCCUUCUAGGCAGUCAACCAAUAAAUAUGGCAGCCGAACCAAAUAAAUAUUAAAUUAUAUGUAAUAUACAUAUUAUUUGGAGCCGCUGCCCAAUCCAUUGGUUGUCCUCUGCAAAAAUAUUUGGGGCCCAGGAAAGCCUCUCUUGAAAUAUCAGAUAUUCACUAUUCGCACUAUUCUUAUUAUAUAACUUGGUCAUUGUAGAAUGUACACGAUUUUACAAACAUGUCUAAAAAUUAUGGUUUUUUAGAAUCAAUCAUUAAAAAUAAACUAAAGCGGAUUACGACCAGAAAAAUUUGUGUAUCUUGGUUUAACCUUCAAACAUAUAUACGUAAAACCAAAACAAAGCUUUACUUAUAUCACUUCCGUACAUUUUAUCCAUGAAUAAUAACUUGAGCGUUAAAAUUGCACCUCUACAGCACCAAUGUCAUGUGCGCAAUAAGUCAUUCAGCGGACAAAGCAAACCAUUCAGAAAACUAGAUACGUUAAUAUUAUUAACAAAUAAACAUGUACAAACUUCAAAAGUUA